AUGGAUAGAUCUUUGGAACUCCUGGGGAGAAUAUCUUCUAUCCCAUACAAUGUACAUCAUGCGGCCAUCCAGAGGAAUCGCACUGAGAACACCUGUAACUGGAUUCUCGAAACUGACCAGUUUCGUUCAUGGGAGAAAAGUAGCUCACCUGAUCUACUGUAUCUAUGGGGUCCCCCCGGAACUGGGAAAACAUUAUUGAUAUCCAAAGUGAUCGACCGCCUGAAAGAGACUCUGGAAAAUCAGAAUCAUGAAGAAUUUGCCAUUUUCUAUUGCAACCGAAGGGAGGAAAUUCGCAGACAGCCACUUUGCGUUCUUCAGAGCAUCCUGCGGCAACUCGCUUCCACUUCAAGCAACUCGGAUGCUAUCCAAAAGAGUGUGAUUGAGGCUGAUAUCAACAAUCGGAGAGACGGAGAGCAAUUUGACUAG